AAAAUAUAAAAUUGACUUCGCCGCAUAGUGCAAAUGUAAUGCUCCACAUAACUUGCAAAUCGGUUUGUAAGGCCAGCCUUUCAACUUCAAAACCCGUCGAAAUGGAGUCGUUCUGCCGUAAACUUCCCAAAAUUGAAUUACACGCUCAUCUUAACGGAUCACUAAGCAGUUCCACUCUGAAGAAACUAGGAUGUUUCGAAGAGUCUAUUGACAAAUACCAAACAAUCAACACCGAUUUAAAGGAAGUAUUCAGCGUAUUCAAAAUUGCCCAUGAAGCAACAAAUAACAUGGAAAAUCUCUAUGAGGCUACCAGGAGUGUUAUCGAAGAAUUUGCUGAAGAUAAUGUAGUUUAUCUUGAACUGAGAACAACUCCACGCUCCGAAGAAACCAUGUCGCUAGAUCAGUACAUUGAUACGGUUAUCAAAGCCAUUCAAGAAAAUGAAUCUUCUAAAAUUAUGGUCAAGCUUAUUUUGUCGUUGGACAGAAGCAAGGCGAAAGAGGAACAAGCCAGAACUUUAGAUGUGAUUAUCAAGUACAAAAAUCAAUACCCCAAUUUGAUUAAAGGGGUAGAUUUGAGCGGAGAUCCUGCUAAAGGGAAGUUUUUUAAUGAUUUAUUUGUGAAGGCUCGAGAAAACGGAUUGCGUACAGCAAUUCACUGCGCGGAACUGAAAAACGACGAUGAAGUUCUUGAAAUAUUGAAAUUCAAUCCGGAUCGACUCGGCCAUGGCACGUUCCUCCAUCCCAACUAUGGAGGUAGCGCGGAAAUAUGGAAAUUGUAUCUAGCACAAAACAUUCCAGUUGAGUGUUGUAUGACUUCCAACGUAAUAUGUUUAUCGGCGACUUCAUAUGAUAAACAUCACGUUCAAGAAUGGAUUAAGGAACAGCUACCAUUUUCUAUUGCAACCGACGACAAGGGAGUAUUCAAGACAACACUAUCAAAUGAAUUUCAGUUGCUUUACGACAAUUUCAAAUGUAGCCAGUUGAAGUUAUGGGAAAUAUGCAACAACUCUAUCGAGUACUCCUUUGCGAGCAAUGAGGAAAAGGCAUUUUUAAAACUGGCAUUAGACCAGUGGAAGACAAAGAAUAUUAAACCGGAAAUAAAAUGAAAAUAAAACUUUUUCAUAAUAAUAA